UUGUGCAAUAGUGCGUGCGCAUUCGCGGGAAGCGAGCUCGACUUUAGUAAUUUGCAAGAGAUUGGUCGUGGAGGUUUCGGAAUAGUAUAUGCAGCCACUCAGCCUAAUGGUGAACGUGUUGCUUUGAAGAAGGUUCUGGAAGGGUUUGCACAGUUUUUUUUUCUCAAAUUGGUGUUCUUUUACGAAGACUUCGUUGAAGGCACUGAUACAUACGUAGUAAUGGAAUUGUGUGAAUUGGGGUCAAUGCGUUCGCAUGUGAAGAAAAAUGGACCGUUAACUGACCGAGCGGCCGCGUACGUCCUAAGGCAGAUCAUUAGCGCUGUGAAGUACAUGCAUCGAGAAGGAGUACUGCACAGAGAUAUUUCCUGUGGAAAUGUCUUAAUUAGCAGGAUCUUCUCUUCGGAAAAGAUAUCCGUCGUUAGCGUUUUAGUCAUUUUUCAAUUAAAACACAUUACCGUUGCUCGAAGAGUAUUUUCAGAAGCUCUAAACCGCUUGUACUGUAGUCGGUACUCCUGGGUAUAUUGCGCCGUAAGUUCCAUACGUUUCGAUGGUCUUGGUAUAUCUGCUGUUGAGCUAAUUGAAAGUAUGAUGGAAACGGAUGUUAGCAAGAGGAUUUCCUUGAAUGGUUCGUUAACUUCUUAG